GCGGAUCGAAAAAUAGAAUUGUAUACGGGAUUCGUUAUCGAUCCGAUUCUGUCCGGUUAUCCGACUAUUCCGGAGCAUUCGUAUCUCGUAUCAAGAUGUGUCACGGUUGGUCAUGGUAUUCCGGUCGACGUUGGUAGCACUGCUAGGUCGGUUAACCUGGCCCAGAAACUAAGCCGGAACUGUUCGAGGAAUCAAUGACCUUGGCACGAGUAAUGCCAGGACAUGCGAUCGUUUGCGAGGAAGAAAGUCCAUUCGCAUUUGUUGUGCUAUGGAGCGGAGUCAAAAAUUUCACACUCGUAACUAGGACUUUUUAUUCGAAACAUGAAACGAUAUGAAAGUGGAGAGAUUGAGAUGAAAUACAGUGAUAAAAUUUAAAAGAAAAAUAUUUCGCUGAUGAAAAUUGAAAAAGAUUGAUAUUUAUAAUGCACAUAUCUAAUUGUCGUUUACUGUUUUAUAAUAUUUUUUAUUCAAAAUAACACACGCUUUUCCCUAAGGAUAAAUCGUGUGAUCAAACAUAACCAAAAGUUAUGUGAUCAAAUAUAAACAAUAUAGAAUAAGAAUAAGAAUUAUAUAAAAUCAGCAAUAAAAAAUUAAUUUUACUUAUUGAAAUAAUUAUUCAUAACGUUGGAUUAUUAUGGCAAAAGUUUGUUGCAUAUGUGAAAAAACAGAAUGUUUAUAUAAGUGUCCUGUGUGUAAAGAACCGUAUUGUUCCGUAGGUUGCUGUAAGAAGCAUAAAGAAAAUAAUUGUCAACCGUUCCAGAUUCAGGAAAAUAAAGUUACAGAAGAUAUAAAAGAUAGCGAGAAUGAAUAUGAAUUUCCAACAGAGGAUACAGUUUCGGUUGAAAAAUUGAAACAGUUGCGUCAUAGUAAAGAAUUAAUAGAAUGCUUAAAAAAUCCACAUGUUCGAAAUAUAAUGCGUGGUAUUUUAAUUGACAAGAAUCCAACAAAAGCCAUUGCUUUAGCUAUGACUGAACCAAUAUUCGUAGAAAUGGCAGAUGCAUGUUUAAAAGUUGUUGAACCUCAAAUUAGUGACGAUGAAUCACGUUAAUGUACAUAGAUCUAUGUUAUAUUAGAUUAAAUGUUAUUAUAUAUACAUAAAUUAUACAAUAAAUGUAUUUAUAUAAAUAUGUAAUGACACAUAUAUAAUGAAAUAUUUAUCUUUUUUU